ACGGAAAUUGGUUUGUUGUCUUCCUGUUUCGAGAUGUGUGCCCCGGUAUGAAGUUGAUCGCAUGCUAUUGCACGGUCUAUGGACAGUAACGGUUUAUCUACAUUGUGUCAUGUCAUGAUUAUGCCCGCGGUAAAUCACGGAUCACUACAUCGACAUGGUGUUACAUUGUUACUAAAAUAACCGGACUUGCGUGUGGUUGGUGCUACAGUUCAAAGGCAACCAACUCACGAGGUAACGUUACUGUACAGUAGUGCAACAACUUGAAAUGACUGUCUGACAUUCGCUCACAUAUUGAGUGACAGGAUGCUGAGAGCCCUUUUAACAGCUGUCCGCGGUCCUGCGGUCUGCGUGGGUCGGUGUUUCAGCAGUGAAGUGAGUGGUGCAGUUUCCACGUUAACCGGGUUCUCCUCUCCACCGUUCUCAACGGAGGCUUCACUCUAUGUUCACUGGCCUUACUGUCUGAAGAGAUGCUCCUACUGUAACAACAAGUACAACCCUGACACUAACCCUGAUCCUCUCCUGUUCACAGUGACCUUACUGUCUGAAGAGAUGCUCCUACUGAUCACCUCUGUGUUUUUUGGAGGCGGGACUCCCAGCCUGGCCCGCCCCUCCACUAUCGCUGCGGUCCUAGAGACGGUUGCCAGGCAUGCUGGACUAUCAGAGGAGGCGGAGGUCACUCUGGAGGUCAACCCCACCCCCGUAGGAAGCUCUAAGUUGGAAGACUUCCUCCAUGCUGGCGUCAACCAUUUUUCCAUUGGGGUGCAGUCUCUCCGGGACGACGACCUGAAGGUUCUGGGGAGAGACCAUAACUCCCAGCAUGCUUUGCAGACCGUAGCGGAGGCUCGGAGGCUCUGCCCGGGGAGGGUGUCGGUCGACGUCAUGUUCGGACGCCCUGGUCAGAGCGUUGCAUCCUGGGAGUUGGAGUUGGAUGAGCUGCUGUCGGUGUGUGAUGACCACGUCUCCCUGUACCAGCUGACCCUGGAGAGAGGCAUGUCUUUUCUUCCUAACACUGAUAGGUUUUGUGCGUGUUAUUUAGACGUUGGGACAGGUACAGAUGAGAUGGAGGAGAUGGAGGAGAGGACUACAGGAGAGACAGUAGCAGGAACACCACCACUACACCACCCCCAGCAGACUGAAUUGACAGGUACAGAUGAGAUGGAGGAGAUGGAGGAGAGGACUACAGGAGAGACAGUAGCAGGAACACCACCACUACACCACCCCAAGCAGACUGAAUUGACAGGUACAGAUGAGAUGGAGGAGAGGACUACAGGAGAGACAGUAGCAGGAACACCACCACUACACCACCCCCAGCAGACUGAAUUGACAGGCACACAGCUCUUCAGACAGGUCCAGAAAGGCCAACUGAGCGUGCCCAGUGAUGACAUCACAGCUGUCAUGUAUGACUCUGCCAGGAGGAUUCUUCAGAAGAGAGGCUAUCUGCAGUAUGAGGUGUCCAACUUUGCCAGAAAUGGUGCCAUCAGCCAACACAAUAUGAGCUACUGGAAGGCCAGUCAGUACCUUGGAGUGGGCCCAGGUGCCCAUGGUCGCUUCGUCCCCCGUGGAGAGGGGGAUGUGUGUCGAGAGGCCCGUACCCAGACUCUGGAGCCUGAUGUCUGGUUGAGAGAGGUGCAGCAGAGGAGUCACGGGACCCGACGCAGGAUACCCCUCACCCACCUGGGACUGUUGGAGGAAGUGUUGGUCAUGGGACUGCGUUUGAUUGACGGCAUCACUCACCAGCAUUGGCAGUUGUUCAGUCCCAGGGCAGAUCUGUACCAGAUUCUCAGCUCAUCCUCUGAAGUACAAGACCUUCAACAGACAGGCCUCCUAAUCCUGGAUGACAGAGGUCUGCGGUGCUCGUGGCAGGGCCUGGCCUUACUGGACAGCAUGUUACCCACUCUGCUGCUGCUGCUGGAGGCCUACAUCACCCAGGGGCUCGACAAUAACAGUGGUUCACUACAGCUCUGAUGACAGAGAACUAGAGAAGCGUGGAGGAACUGGAGUCCGUGGCACGCUGACCUUCAUAAACAAACUAUUUAACUGCUGCUUUUUGUAACUGUGUGUGUGUGUGUGUGUGUGUGUGUGUGUGUGUGUGUGUGUGUGUGUGUGUGUGUGUGUGUGUGUGUGUGUGUGUGUGUGUGUGUGUGUGUGUGUGUGUGUGUGUGUGUGUGUGUGUGUGUGUGUGUGUGUGUGUGUGAGAGAGAGAUUACCUCUACUACAUUGAAGGGGUACAGAAUGAUGUGUUCAUAGAGGACAUGGUGUGGAGAACCUUUCCCGAGUCCUGACAGCAUCCUGUUAAACUGUAAAGUACAGAGCUUUAUCAGUAUAUCAGGCCCAUCUAACCUGUCACUGAUCAGAACAUGGUGACGGCAGGUUAGUGUCAUCUUACUGCAGCUCAUCUACUUCAUCAGUGUAGAUGGUCGACGAGACCAGUAGCUACAGUUCAUAGUGGCUGCCGGGUCAGUCUCCGGGCUCACUCUCCGGGCUCAGUCUCCGGGCUCAGUCUCCGGCUCAGUCUCCAGGCCCAGUCUCCGGGCUCAGUCUCUGGGCUCAGUCUCCAGGCUCAGUCUCCGGGCCAGUCUCCGGCUCACUCUCCAACUCAGUCUCCGGCUCAGUCUCCCCUGUCUGUCAGCCAGGCUUGGAGACCCUCUGCCCUCCAUGUCUCUGGUCUCUUAUGGGGCCCCGGCUCAGUCUCCGGGCUCAGUCUCCGGGCUCAGUCUCCGGGCUCAGUCUCCGGGUCAGUCUCCGGGCCAGUCUCCGGGUCAGUCUCCCCUGUCUGUCAGCCAGGCUUGGAGACCCUCUGUCCUCCAUGUCGCUGGUCUCUUAUGGGGCCCCUGGCCUUCUUCCCCAUCAUCAUAGCGUGAUAAGAUGUAG